UAAGUUCCAAAACCAACAAAAAGUAGGAGAAAGUUAGAGGCACUAGUAAACAAAAAAAGAAAAAAGAUGUCUAAAAUAGUCAGUGUAGCAAUUUUAGCCAUUGCAUUUGCUUCACUUCUAAACACCACUACGGCCAAGACCCUUGUUGUUGGAGAUGGCUUAGGAUGGCUGGUGCCUCCAGGAGGCGACCUCGCUUAUGCUACUUGGGCUGCCAUUAAUACCUUCACCGUCGGUGACGUUCUCGUGUUCAAUUUCACAACUGGACAGCAAGACGUAGCAAGGGUGACAAAAGAAGCAUACCUGUUCUGCAAUUCAACAAAUCCCAUCGCCCUUAAAACAACUGGUCCUGCAAAUUUUACCUUAGAUACUACUGGUGCAUACUUCUUUAUCUCUACAAUGGACAAACAUUGCCCAUUAGGCCAGAGAUUAGCCAUAUAUGUAACUGCUCCUGGACCCUAUCCCAGUCCUGGUCCUCACACGGCUCCUUCACCGGUCCCGAAUAGAGCCCCAGUGACCUACACCGUUGGAGAUGGAAUGGGUUGGAUUGUCCCUCCUGGUGGUGCCCUUGCUUAUAUGACUUGGGCCUAUAACAAGACUUUUAUAGUUGGAGACGUUCUAGUUUUCAACUUCGUGGAUGGACUACAAGAUGUUGCUCUAGUGACAAAAGAAGCCUAUGAGACAUGCAACACCAAUAGCACCAUCCAAGUCUGGUCGACAAGCCCCGCAAAUAUCUUACUCAAUGCCACCGGUGAUUAUUUCUUCACUUCCACCUACCCAAACCGCUGCAUCUUGGGUCAACAGCUUGCCAUCAGAGUGGUAGCCAGCACUGGUACCGGCGGCGUACUGGCUCCGCCUUCUGGCAUCGUCAAUCCACCUACAAGCAGCAGUAGCAUAAGCAGUCUUGUCACAGAGGGUCCUGCAGCUCCCCCAGUUAGCUCGGCUCCAUCUCCUGCUGUUGCUGGAUUCUUCAUUACCCUUGUGUCCAUUUCCAUGGCUUUGUUCUUGAAAAAGAACAGGGGCGACCUGACCAUAAACAACACAAUAUCAUCAAUGGCAAGAACAUCAAGUAUGGCAUUUCUUGCUGCAAUUAUUGUAGCUGGUUUUGUUCAGAGCUCGAUCGCACAGACAACAACCCAUGUGGUGGGUGGUGCUGUGGGCUGGACCAUUCCUCCCGGUGGCGCUACAGUUUAUUCCACAUGGGCUGCGAACCAAACAUUUGCCGCUGGUGACGUUCUUGUGUUUAACUUUGCAAACAACAUACAUGAUGUGGCUAAGGUUUCAAAGGCUGAUUACGAUGCUUGUGCAUCAGCCAACCCUAUUUCACUGGCAAUCACUAGUCCAGCAAGAAUCACUAUCAAUGCUUCCGGCGAACACUACUUUAUCUGCAAUUUUACUGGUCACUGCAGUGCUGGUCAGAAGUUGAUGAUCAAUGUUAGUGCUGCAACAACUCCAGCUCCAGCCCCACAACCAUCAUCUCCUUCACCUCCACCUCAGUCCACCACUACACCUGUUCCGGCCCCAUCCCCUACUCCUGUUUCAGCACCCUCUUCCACUCCAGUUUCUGCACCAACGCCAUCUUCCACUGCCACUCCACCAACCACCACGGCAACUCCACCUACCACCUCCACCACUCCUCCAUCCCCAACCACCCCUUCUUCCCCAUCUCCUGCAGGUGCCAAUGCCCCACCUCCAUCCGACAGCUCUGCUAAAUCACUUGGUGUUGCUGGUCUCUCUGCUACUUUCUUGUCAAUUGUUGUAGCUUUCUUGUACUAUAUGUGAUCAAGAAUUGACUAAUUAAAUUAGUAUUAGUGCGGGUCUGUGUGUGUGUGUGUUAUUCAUUCCGAUUUGUAAUAUUGUCAUACAGAUUGAGUUUUUCACAUUCAAUAAAGCUGUUUUUCACAUUUCAGCUAA